GACCGAUUGGCUCAGUUGAAUUCCGACGCGGAGCAGAGCUAGACCAGACCGAACCACUGCUAGCAUUCAACCAACGCAGUUCAGUGGCUACGAGCAACGACGACAAUUAGUGAUUAGAUCGCGUAAUACCAACAACCAACCAAGAAACCACUCAACCAACAUUAUUAUCAGUUAAACCCUUCGGCACCAGGAAGAUGGUCAAAAUAAUUGUUAAAGUGUAAUAGCUCAAGUUGGAAUGAUCCAAGAAUAGGCCUAAUGGUCCAUGAAUCAGUGAAUGUCUACGGAGUAGUCAAUCAGUUUUUAUCACAUUGGCUUAGAUAUGCUUAGAAUGCGCAAGUAGCUUACCCCUCGAUUUUAUACAGAAGAUAAUUCCUUCUUGAACGUUUUGAUCUCAGACGACCGAGGUGCGAAAUUUGGCCUGGAUAAAAUUAAGAUUACCAUCUGCGAUGCUGUGUUCUGUGGUGCUCACUUAGAAAGGCGUUCUAACGAGUGGUUGUGUAGUAGUAGUAAACUGCGGAUUUAGUAGCGCUCUGGAAUAUCAAUAUCAUCACCAUCAUCCUUGGUCAUCAAAAAAGCUGCCUGCGUCGUCGAUGUCGUCGUUUUGUUCAUGAAAAUUAGUUCUAUUUAAAAUACUCGACACCGUAGAGCAACUCUACAACGAAACCCAAAAUUGAAUUACUUUUCCAUACCCUGACGGUACGAACUAAACGAUAAAUCUCUAGUUAACAGUUAAUUUAGGUGCGUUUUUUAGGGGAUUUUCAAACUAGUUAGAAGGAUUGCGAAUAACCUGAUGAAUAUUUGAAUAACGUUGAUAUUUUUUAAACUAAACCUUGGUCCUCCCCCGCGCAAGUCAAUCUUGUGAGUUCAGCCCCAUUCAACGACCGCGAAACAAGUGUGUUGCCUUGAAACCAGGAAAAAAAAUCGAGUUAUUACAAUUUCAAAAAAACGGCGGUCCAUCCGCAAAACGCGCACAGCACAAAAUAUAAUUUUUUUCGCGAACCGAUACGGAGGGAAAUAUGUUGCGUGUAUAAGUGCAACGAUCGAAAGCCAAAAAAUAAAGCAGGGAAACAAAAUCGCUCCUGGUGCAAGAACGUCGUCCAAUACUUGAGAGCUACAUGUAAGCCGCUGACAACUCUCGACACAAUCAGGCAGAAAAAAUAACGAAACCAAAGGAAAAGAAAAAGUUCCUACCCACCACAAUAAAUGGGCGAAUGCGCAAAAGUAAUAAGUGAAUUAUCGACGACGAAAUAAAAAAAAUAACGCAAAAGUAAACACACGACUCACACUUGUGGUAUUGUGGCAUCAACGACUGACGGCUAGUUAGUGGAGGUACCCAGCGAUUUUGGCCACAUUCACUGAACGCGAAUCGUUUUACGCGAAAAAUAUAUUUUGCACUAAACGCUGCUGUUCUCGCGCGGAACUCACACACGUUCUACUGCUGCGGCUUGGAGAAACAACGCGCGCUCAAAACAACACAAACCCUUCUUCGUUUCACGUGGUGGUUCUCUCGGGAUUCCUCUUGUUUGUUGCCUGCCUUGUCUGGGGCACCGGUUCGCAUACGAACAACGUACAUAUAAAUAAUAAUGGCAGAUCACAACAACGAGAUGGACGAGAUGAAGCACUGCUACGAGAACCUUAUCGUGGUCGAUGUCGGCGCCAAUUUGACCAACAAAAAGUACAUCCGUGACCUGGACUCGGUGAUACAGCGGGCGAAAGAUUCUGGUGUCCAAAAAAUUAUGGUCCCAGGCACGUCGGUCAAAUCAAGCAAAGAAGCGCUCCGAUUGACGCGUAUUUAUCCGGGAAUCAUCUACUCGACGGCGGGAAUUCAUCCGCACGAUUCCAAAUCGAUCCUGGAGGAGCCGAGCACGUGGCACGAGUUCGAGGUGAUUGCCGGGGCACCGGAAUGUGUUGCCAUUGGGCCCUGUGGACUGGAUUAUCAGCGCGAUUUUAGCGAACCCUGCACCCAGAAGGAUAUCUUCGAGCGGCAGCUGAAGCUGGCCUGCGCCCUGCAGAAACCGAUUCUGAUCCACGAACGAUCUGCCCAGGACGAUGUGCUGGAAAUACUUUCGAAAUUUCAACCUACACCGCAGAUCGUAAUCAGAGGUUUCAUGGGUACAACGGAAGAAGCGCUCAAAUAUCUACAGCGAGAUUACUAUAUAUCACUGACCGGGUAUCUGUGCAAGGACAAAUCCGAUACCGGGGUCCGCAAACUGCUCGAGGACGGUCGUCUGCCGUUGGAGCGCCUGCUGGUGGAAACCGACUCGCCCUUCAUGUACCCUAACACCCGUGCCUCCAAACUGCCGCAGCACGUUAAAACGGGCCUCACGGAACGAUCCCUGCUGUACCUGCAUCGCUACUGUACCUUCCAGCGGAACGAACCCUGCAGUCUGCCGGCCAUCGUCGAAAUGAUUGCCGCUUUCAUGAACAAAAAACCGGAAGACGUCGGCCUGUCGACGGCAUUCAACGCACUGAAACUUUUUGGACUGUCCCAAUGAUGACCGCGAAAUGGAUGAUGAACGAAUAGAAGAUUUCACAUUUAGAAUCCAACGAAAAAAAAAGGAGACAAAAUACUAACUAACGAAAAACGAACUAUUAUUACUAAUACUGAAGCUGUAUGUAACCCCUUGGUUCUCUUUUUAUUUUAUUAGAAACGAAACGAUUUCACUUCUUGGUAGUGACUAAACCGAUAGAUUCCUAUAAAGUAGUUGUAUUCUUUUAAAUACAUUUUAUUGCAUUGUUUCUCAUUCGGAAAUUGUUGAAUUUGUCCUAUUUAUGUCUUGCCCGAACGUAUGUAGGUAUAGUGUUGGAAGGUUAUAUACAUGGUAUUUCGAUAAGUUAAAAAAAUGAAGUUAUAUUGGUUGCUCUACUACGCGUAAUGAUUUACACGAUAUAUAGGCUGCUCAAAGAGCUACACUCUCAUCAUAGUUUUAGACGUUAAGAUUCCGUUGCUCUUAGUUGCUAGGAAUACAAAUUUUGUAGUUUAAUGAAUAAAGGAGCAUGAAAUAUUUGAUUUAUAUAAAAUUGAUAGAAAAAAAAAACAGAAUUUUAUGUUGUGUACGUGAUGUGAAAGACUGAAGUUACUGAAAAGUUAGUAAAAAAAUGAGAAUUUGUAAUAACAUAAAGCAAUGAUUAGAUGAUAAACCAAAUUGAUGAUUGACUAAGCUAAUCUAAGCGAGAUCAACUAAAACGAAAACAAACAACAAUGAUAACCUUUAAACAAUUUCUUGCUUUUCGAGGCAUGGUACACGAUUCAGGGAAGCAAAAUCUCAAUAGUUAACGUAACGAAACUUUUACUACAUUCCUUGUGACCGGCCAGUCCUCGAAAAGUGAAUCAAUUGUUGAUUGGUUGAUUGAAGUGAGAAGCUUCCGAACGUGGAAAAAUAUAAACCCACAUCAACUUUGUAGUUGGAUGCUAUUAAUCGGACGUCAGGAUUAGAACGAAACGAUUGUUCUUGAAACUUGGUAGUAUAUCUAGUAGGAUUAGGGAAUUGAAUGAGUUAAGUUCUUCAUAGUUAGUUACGCGAAACCCUUUGCAAGUGAUUGAUUUUUCGCACCAAAUUCAGUUUAUAUGUAAUCAAGAUUUUCUACUAGAGGGUUCCAAAAGCCCAGCAUAUGUAAUAUAUAUGUUACUAAGGAAGAAAGUGCCAUAAUAAAUGUAUAAUCUUGCUGUAAAGAUUCUAAUACGAAGAAAAAAAAUCAUGUGACACUCCUUAUUCAUAGUGUAAAUUAUUCUGAGAUUGUAAUAAAAACGAAUAUAUAUUUUUACAA